AUUUUAAAUAAAAAAAUUUUUAUAAUUUAAAAAAAAAUGAAUAAUUUUUUGGCUUUUCUAUCGACUUUUGUUAUAAUUUUUGGGACUAUUAAAAGUCUGGAAUGUGGCUCAGGAAUUGAUCAAUCGGUGGACAAAGCUCGAAAUGUAAUGAUUUGCAAAGGCGAAGUGUGUGAACAAAGAAUUUUAGAUGGAAAUAUUAUAAAUAGAACAACAGUAAAUUUCACAGAAGAUCUACAAAAUAGCUUAUAUUAUUCGGAUCAUUUAUUAGCAAAUAAUAAAUUUCAAAUGGGAAUAAACUUGACAAAUGAACUCCUUACUAUUAACAUAGAACAAAAAAAUAGACCUGGAGUUGCGGGUAUGAAAAUCUUAAAUCAAAUAAAUGGAACCUUCAUAGUACAUAUAGGAAAAAUAGAAAUGUAUAGUGGACCAGCAGUAGCCUCUUCUAUUACAAUUAUAUCUGGAAGAAAGGAACCAUACAUUAUACAGCAUAAUGGAAUCCAAUGGUUAAAAGUUAGUAAUGUAGACGAUAUAGAUCCAAAUUUCAUGAUGUGUAAACAGAAUGACAAAUUCAAUUUUACCUGUGAAACAGAAGGUGGUGAUAUUAUAAAAUCUAAUGCAGGUUUAUCAAAUAAUAAAAAUAUAAAGUUCAGAAUUGUAUAUAUCGAAUAA